CGUUCUAUAAAGGCCGCGCUGGGGCCCGCCCUCCUCACAGCCCGGGAGCGCGGCCUGCCGGGGAGGUGGUUCCAGUGCUCCCCACACAGUCACACUCCGCGCACUCACACACUUGGAAGCGCCUCCCCACGUCCCUCCCCUGCCCUCCUCUUGCUCUGCUCUCUUCUCCCUCACCACAAAUAGUCGCCGACCUACUGCCAAUCUGCCUCUCUCUCUCUCUCAACAUGACUGACUGGGAAGCGCUGGCUCGGGCAGAGCAGCUCCGUUGGCGCAGGCAGGAGGAGCAGGAGGAUUAUUAAAUAACGCAGCUCGACUCUGUGCCACUGAGAGUGGAGAGAAGGAGCCCUACGGCCGAGAAAGGGAGGGAGGGCAGAGGAGGGGGACCAGGAAGGACACCCCGGUGCCCCGAAGACAUAAAUCCCUGAGUGCCCGGGAGGAGCCUUAACAAGCGGCACGGAGCCCUCAAGGCUGCUAAGUUGGCUUUCACAGUGCAAGUCUUGGAGUCCCAAUGGGGGACUCAGGAUCAAGACGAUCUACUCUGGUCUCUAGGUUGCCAAUAUUCAGAAGAAGUAUUAGCAGAAGACAUGAUUCUCUUCCUUCUUCACCUUCUUCCAGUAAUACAGUUGGUGUCCACAGUUCCUCUCCUUCCAGCACUAACUCAAGCUCAGGUAGUACAGGUAAACGUAGGAGCAUAUUUCGUACUCCUUCCAUUAGCUUCCACCAUAAGAAGGGGAGUGAGCCUAAGCAAGAGCCUACCAACCAGAACCUUAGUAUUUCAAAUGGUGCUCAACCUGGUCACAGCAAUAUGCAGAAACUGAGUUUGGAAGAACAUAUUAAGACCAGGGGAAGACAUUCUGUUGGUUUUAGUAGUUCACGAAAUAAGAAGAUAACGAGAUCUUUGACAGAGGAUUUUGAAAGGGAAAAAGAACACUCAACUAAUAAGAAUGUCUUUAUAAAUUGUCUAAGUUCUGGCAAAAGUGAGGGAGAUGAUUCUGGAUUCACAGAAGACCAAACUCGUCGUUCUAUUAAGCAAUCAACAAGGAAGCUACUCCCUAAAUCUUUUUCAUCUCACUAUAAAUUUUCUAAGCCAGUUCUACAGAGCCAAUCCAUUUCAUUGGUACAACAGUCUGAAUUCUCAUUGGAAGUUACACAGUACCAAGAGAGAGAACCUGUAUUUGCAAGAGCUUCGCCAUCCUGUUCUGUGGAUGUAACAGAACGGGCAGGAAGCUCUUUACAAUCUCCUUUGCUUUCUGCUGAUCUUACCACAGCUCAGACACCUUCAGAAUUUUUAGCUUUGACUGAAGAUUCUGUGUCUGAAAUGGAUGCAUUUUCUAAAAGUGGAAGCAUGGCAUCCCACUGUGACAACUUUGGCCACAAUGAUUCUACCUCUCAGAUGUCUCUCAAUCCUGCUGCUGUUACAAAGACAACAAUAGAAUUUAUGGAAAAUGUUCCCUGUGCAAUUAUGUCUCCUGGGAAAUCUAGGUUAGAGAGUCAAUGUAGCACUGAAUCUAAUUCCUUACCAGAAACCUCUGUUGCUAAUCAGAAGGAAGUGUUAUUACAAAUUGCUGAACUACCUGCUACAAGUGUGAGCCACUCAGAGACUAACCUACCAGCAGAUAUUGAAAGAGAAGAAAAUAUAGGGUUACAAAAUGGUGAAACAAUGCUGGGGACAAGCUCCCCAAGGAAACUUGGAUUUUAUGAACAACAUAAAGCAAUAGCUGAACGUGUUAAAGGGAUCCAUCCUAUUUCAGAUUCAAAGAUAAUACCUACUUCUGGUGAUCAUCAUAUUUUUAACAAAACAUCAUAUGGAUAUGAAGCAAAUCCUGCCAAAGUUCUUGCCAGUAGCCUCAGUCCAUUUCGUGAAGGAAGAUUUGUAGAGAGGAGACUGCGAUCCUCAUCAGAAGGCACUGCAGGGAGUAGCAGAAUGAUUUUGAAACCAAAAGACGGAAAUAUAGAAGACAUGAAUAGCUUAAGAAAGCAAAGAGCAGGUUCUUCAUCUUCAAAAAUGAACAGUUUGGAUGUUUUGAAUAAUUUGGGAUCUUGUGAACUAGAUGAAGAUGAUCUAAUGCUUGAUCUUGAAUUUUUAGAGGAACAGAAUCUUCACCCUUCUGUUUGCCGAGAGGAUUCAUAUCACUCUGUCGUCUCUUGUGCUGCUGUAGUUCUUGCUCCUAUGGAACCAACAAUAGAAAUGAAGAAAAGAGAAGAACCAAAAUUUCCUGAGCCUUCCAAACAGAAUCUUUCCCUGAAAUUAACAAAGGACAUUGAUCAAGAAGCCAGGUAUUCCCACAUCAGCCGAAUGCCCAACAGUCCAUCUUCAGAUUGGCCCCUACAAGGUGUGGAAGAAAAUGGAGGCAUAGAUUCUCUGCCAUUCAGACUAAUGUUACAGGAUUGCACAGCAGUCAAGACAUUAUUAUUGAAGAUGAAGAGAGUUCUUCAAGAGAGUGCAGACAUGAGUCCAGCAAGCAGUACCACGUCACUUCCUGUUAGUCCUCUUACUGAAGAGUCAGUGCCUUUCAAGGAUAUAAUGAAAGAUGAAUGCUCGAUGCUCAAGCUGCAGCUGAAAGAGAAGGAUGAAUUCAUUUCCCAACUUCAGGAAGAGCUGGGAAAGGUUCGGCAUUUACAGAAGGCUUUUGCUUCAAGAGUAGAUAAAUCCACACAGACUGAACUACUAGGCUAUGAUAAACAGAAAAAAUCAAUUCUGAAAUUCAUAUGGAAUUAUAACAGGUACAGAAUAUCCAAAGGAAUCUUGAGUAAGAAGAAAGCUGGAGGCAUCACAAUUCCUGAUCUGAAAAUAUAUUACAAAAAUAAAGUAAUCAAAACUGCAUAGUACUACUAUGAAGACAGAGUGUAAAAGAAUGGAACAGAAUAGACAGUGCAGAGGUAAUUCUACAUAUUUAUAGUCAAGUGAUCUUUGACAGAGUGCCAAAAGCAUACAAUAGGGGAACAAAAGUAUAGUCUCUUCAAUUGAUAAUAUUGAGAGAACUGGAUAUCCAUGUGUAAAAGAAUGAAACUGGACCAUUAUCUUACAUUAUAUAUAGAAACCAACUCAAAGUCUAUUAAAUAAACAUAAUACCUAAAACUAUAAAACUGCUAGAAGAAAAUAUAGAGGGAUACUGCUUGACAUUUGACUGAGCAAUGAUUUUGAGACAUGACCCCAAAGUACAGGCACUAAAAACAGAAAUAGACAAGUAGGAUUUCAUCAAGGCAAAAAAUUUGUGUACAGCAAAGAAAACAAUCAACAAAGUAAAAGAACAACCUAAGGAGUGGGAGGAAGAAAAUCUUUGCAAGCUCUCCAUCCCAUAAGGAGUGAAUAUCUAGAACAUAUGGUACUCAAAUAAUUCAAUAGCAGAAAACAAAUAACCUGAGUUAAAAAUGGGCAAAAAAUGGUAUUGGGAAAAUAGGCUAGUGAUAUGCAGAAAGUUGAAACUGGAUCCCUUCCUUACACCUUAUUCAAAAAUUAACUCAAGAUGGAUUAAAGAUUUAAACGUGAGACCUAACACCAUAAAAACUCUACAAGAAAACCUAGGCAAUACCAUUCAGGACAUAGGCAUAGGCAAGGACUUCAUGACUAAAACACCAAAAGUAAUGGCAACAAAAGCUAAAAUUGACAAAUGGGAUCUAGUUAAUCUAAAGAGCUUCCUUACAGCAAAAGAAACUAUAAUUAGAGUGAACCAGCAACCAACAGAAUGGGAAAAAAAAUGUGCAAUCUACACAUCUGACAAAGAGCUAAUAUCCAGAAUCUACAAAUAACAUAAUCAAAUUUACAAGAAAAAAAAACAUCAAAAAGUGGACAAAGGAUAUGAACAGAUACUUUUCAGAAGAAAACAUUUAUGCAGCCAAAAAACAUAUGAAAAAAAGCUCAUCAUCACUGGUCAUUAGAAAUGCAAAUCAAAACUACAUUGAGAUACCAUCUCAUACCGGUUAGAAUGGUGAUCAUUAAAAAAAUCAAGAGACAACAAAUGCUGGAGAGAAGGUGGAGAAAUAGGAAUGCUUUUACACUGUUGGUGGGAGAGUAAAUUGGUUCAACCAUUGUAGAAGACAGUGUGGUGAUUCCUCAAGGAUCUAGAAAUAGAAAUAUUAUUUGGUCCAGCAAUCUGAUUACUGGAUAUAUACCCAAAGGAUUGUAAAUCAUUCUAUUAUAAAGAAUGAUUGUUUAUUGCAGAACUGUUUACAAUGUAUGUUUAUUUCAGCACUGUUUACAAAAGCAAAAACUUGGAACUAACCCCAAUGCCCGUCAAUGGUACACUGGAUGAAGAAAAUGUGGCACAUAUACACCAUGGAAUACUAUGCAGCUAUAAAAAGGAUGAGUUAAUGUCUUUUGCAGGGACAUGGAUGAAGCUGGAAACCAUCAUUCUCAGCAAACUGACACAAGAACAGAAAACCAAACAUGACAUGUUCUCACUCAUAAGUGGGUGUUGAACAAUGAGAAUACAUUGACACAGGGAGGGUAACAUCACACACUGAGGCCUGUUUUUGGGUGGGGGCUAGGGGAGGGAUAGCAUUAGGAGAAAUACCUAAUGUAGAUGAUGGGUUGAUGGAUGCAGCAAACCACUAUGGCACAUGUAUACCUGUGUAAAAAACCUGCACGUUCUGCACAUGUAACCCAAAACUUAAGGUGUAAUUUAAAAAUGGGCAAAAGACUCAGCCAUUUCUCCAGAUAAGACAUAUGAAAGGCCAACUGUUAUAUGAAAAGGUGCUCAACAUCACUAAUCACCAGGGAAAUACAAUCGUAACCACAAUGAGAUAUCACUUAACAGAUGUUUGGAUAACUGUUGUCAAAAUGACAAAAGAUGUCAAGUAUUGAAAAGGUUGUAGAGAAGAAGGAAUGCUUCUGUACUGUUGGUGGAAAUGUAAGUUGUUACUGCUUUUAUGAAAAACAGUAUGAAGAUUCCUCAAAAAAUUAAAAUAGAACUAUCACAUAAUCCAGCAAUUCUACUUCUGGAUAUAUAUCAAAGGAAAGGAAUUCAGUAUGUCAAAGAGAUAUCUGCAUUUCUGCAUUCAUAGCAGUAUUAUUAGCAAUAACAAAAGCAUAGAAACAACCUAAAUAUCCGCCUAUGGAUGAAUGGAUAAAGAAACUGUAAGAUACAGAAAUAGACACACACAUAUAGACACACACACACAUAUACAUACACAGACACACACAUACACUCCAAUGGAAUAUCAUUCAGCCAUAUAAAAGAAAAUCCUGUCAUUUGCAGCAGCAUGAAUAAAUGAGAAUGUGUUCCUGGUUCGUUCAUGCUAAGUGAAGUAAGCCAGACACAGAAAGAUAAAUAUUGCAUAAUCUCACUCAUAUGUAAAAUUUUAAAAUCAUGAUCUCAUAAAAGCAGCUAGUACAAUGGUGGUUUUCAAGUGCUGGGAUUUAUAGGAAAUGAGGAGGCAUUUGGAUAAAUGGUAUAAGUUUCUGUUAUGCAGGAUAAACAAGUUCUGGAGAUAUAAUGUAUAGCAAUGUGACAAGAUUUAACAAUACUGUACUAUAUACUUGAAAUUUGCUAACAGAGUACAUUUUAAGUGUUCUGAAGAUCUACAAAAAAAGUAUGUGAAGUGAAGUAUAUGUUAAUUAUCCUGAUUUUGGUAACAAUUUCUCAAUAUAUACAUAUAUCAAAACAUUGCAUUGUAUGCAUAUAUCAAAACAUUACAUUGUGUAUUCAAAUUAUACAAUGUUUAUUUUUUCAAUUACAACUUGAUAAAGCUGGGAGAAUUUGUUUUAUAGAAAAAUAAAACUCUCAAGAAAGUGAAAAUACAGCCCCAGAAUGGAAGAAUAUAUUUGUAAAUCAUGUGUUUGAUAACAGACUUGUAUUCAAAAUACAUAAACAUAUUUUUCUCUAAAUAAGAUAUACAAAUAAAUGCAUAACAAGAUUCUUAGCACCUUUAGCCAUUAGGGGAAUGCAAUUCAGAAUCACAAUGAAAUCAUACUUCAUACCCAUGGAUAGCUAAAUAAUAAUAAUAAUAAAGAUAGCAAGUACAACUGUUGGCAAGUGUAUGGGAAAAUCCCUCCUACUUCAUUGAUAUGAUUAUAUAAUGGUAUAGCCACUUUAGAAAACAGUAAGAUGCUUUCUUAAUCUGUUAAACAUAGAAUUGCCAAAUGACCUAACAGUUCCACUCUUCAGUGUACACCCAAUAAUAUGAAAACUUACUUUCACACAAGAACUUGUGUUCAAGGUACAUAGCAGCCUUAUUAAUAGCCAAAAGUGUAAAUAAUCCAAAUAUACAUGAACUGAUAAAUCCAUAAAGCUAAGUGUUAUGUUUAUAUGAUGGAAUAUUAUUCAGCCUUAACAUGUAGUGAAAUACUGAUCUAUUUUACAAUAUAGAUCCACCUUGGAAAAUACAUGUUUACUGAAGGAAGCGUAUCACAAAAGGUCACAUAUUAUAUAAAUCAAUUUAUGUGAAAUGUUCAGAAUAAGCAAAUCCAUAGAGACAGAAAGUAGAUUUGCAUUUGUCAGGGGUUAGGAGGAUGGAGAAUAGGAAAUGAGUGCUGAUGGGUUUUGGGUUUAUUUUUCAGAUGAGGAAAAUUUCUUAGAAUUAGUGGUGUAUGUUGAACAAUUCUGCUGAGAUACUAAGAAAACACAUAAUUGCAUAAUUUAAAAUUGAGAUGUGUAGAUAUGUUAACUCGCUUGUCUAUAUUGACCAUUUUACUAUCUGUACAAAAAAAUUUGGGUUGUACACUUAAGUUUAUGCAAUGUAAUUUUUCUAAAUAGUAAAAUAAUGAAAGAACUGAAAGAGCAAAUUUUAUGGUAUGUGAUUUAUAUCUCAAUAAUAGACACCUAAUGAGUAAUGAAACUAUCAAACAUGGAAACAGGGUCUCUGAGUAAUUUGCUCACUAGUUACUACAACUUCUCUCUGCCAGGUCAUUAUGUUAUUAGUAGUUAUAUGGUCCUCAUUGUCAUUGUUAUUUUUGUUGCUAAACAGUUGAAAAUCCAGUUACUAUGUAAGGAUAUUGCAACAUCACAUUAUUACCUAUAUAUUUUUACCUUGUUAGCAAUGUGUUUGUUUAAAACAAUUAGCAAUGUGUUUGUUUAAAACAAAGAGCUAUCCUAUAUAUAUUUGUAGCAGUAUUUGAAAGUAAACAAUUUUUUUGAAUACAAAAUAGUCAUUAUAUUAAUUAUAAUAAAUUAGAAUGAUGUUGUUGUUAUUACAUUCCCAAAGCCCUACAAUGUUGGAUGAUGAAAAGAGACUUUCACUGGGAAUUUAGAGUAGGUAGCAAGUCUAAAUCUAAUUUUGCCUUUUAUUAAUUGUGUGACCUUAACGUCUCAUUUAACUCCCUUUUUAUUGGUGACUUCAUUUUAAAAAGUCAGAGGUUUAUCUCUGAAAUUGGUUCAGUUUGCCCUAAUUUCUAUUUUUUGUGUUACAAGUAUAAUUAGUAUAGAAAAGCCAAUUAACCUAAGGAAAAUAUUUGCCACAGAUUUUGAUAGGCAGAAUUAAUAUUUUAAUUUACCAUAAAAGACUAGACACAUUAUUAAGAAAAGUACUAUGGAUCAAAUUAAUUAAUAUGAAAAGGAAAUGAAUGUAUAAUUUACAAAAAACAAAUUCAAAACACAAGUCAGGAAGAAAGCAAAAGUGGAAAAAAUAUUCAGUUACCAAAAUG